AUGGCGGACGUCGUGAGCGAGAGUCAGCAGUCAGUGUUUGGCUUGACGAUGGAGGUGACUCCUGUGAACGACGAUCCUCAAGAAGUCGACGCCGAAGAGGCGAGUGGUGAUGCAAGAGUGGCCAUAGAACCACCCGUAGAAAUGCUCCAUGAGGCGGCGCUACGUAGCGGGAUUAAUUCCAUCUUGGACGAGACGACAGGGGAUGAUGGCGACCUGGCGUGCAUCCGAGAAAUCUGCCAAGAGACUUUAUCCAAAAGGGACCAAGUGACUGCUGCAAAGAGUAUAGCUCACCGUCAGAAGCGCGCAAAGGAGAAUACCAGCGUCAUUCGUGAUGGUAGCGAAGUGGUAAAUUGGAAAGCUUUUUCGCCACCGAAAAGCCUCCCGAGGACGAUAAGUAAACCAAAACUGAAUCGACGCCCGAGCUACGACAGUAUCCCUGCAGGUGAGUCGCCACGAUGGAAGAUCAUUGACGGGAAUGAAGGUCCCAUCACGGACAUCACGGUGAAUUUUAGAGGAGAUUCCGUUCCAGAAGGUUUUACCAAGUUGGAGCGAUCUCCAAGUGGUCAACGAGCAGAUCUGAAUAAAGGAGGAAGAGGGUCUGCUAUUUAUCUGUGCCACAGCAAAGAUCAGUCCUCUGGGAAAGCUCCAAUUAGCGAGAUGAUUGUUAUUUUUCCAGAGCGAGGAGAGAUCGUUCCUACCGAUUAUGAGGUGGUACGAAGGCGCGGCGUCCCGGCGAAUGUCAAUUCGGGAACACAAGGAGAGAAAAUCUACCUCUGCUUCAAGCGUUCUACCGCCUCUGCGAUUGUCGAUUUGGCUGUGAUAUAUCCAAAGAAAAAUGACACUCUUCCUUACGGAUACAUGAAAGUGGACAAAACUCCCCUUGGACACGUUGCUGACCUCAAUUCGAAUUCUGGUGGCACGGAAGUGUUCCUCGCCUACAAGAAGAAGGUGGCUAGUAUUAGUGACCUCCACAAAAUGUGGUUAUUUGCCACUGUUACUCCUCCUCAAGUCCUCGAGCGAGCACGGUCACCACCCCUAACUCCAUCUACACCCCGCAAAUUGAGACACCUCAAGUCUGCGUUUGCUCUAAAAGCAACAGAAGUGAGAGAACAGAAGCUGAUAAGUGCUCCUAACUCGCCAACAGCAGAUACUUCACCUGACUCGCCGCGAUCAAAGCCAAAGCAAAUUGGCUGGAAAGAGACGAUCGAGUAUUACAUGUAUCCGUUGCUAUUGGCGUGCCACACUCGUCAAGGAAAAGCUGCAGAAGCUGCCGUGGAAGGACUCACUCACUGUCUUGAGGAAGGAGUAUUCGACUGUCCCGGGUCUGAACUUUGCCGACUUGAAGUGGUAAUCGAUGCCGUCUUAUCGAUCUGUCAGCAGGGGGUCAAAUCUCGGUUUGAACCCGCGCUCAAAUUCUUCCAAAAGGUUAUCCGAAUGAGCACGGACGGGUUUGACCCUUUCGUGCUUCAUGCGAUAUUGAAGGCUUUAAUAUUCAUCGGAGAUUUCGACGGCCCCUUAACCAAAUCUAUUGAGGACGAAUUGAUCUCUAAGAUCAUGGUCGCUUACGAAGCCACUUUGACCACUACGAUCGUCAAGAAGAAUGACGCGAAAGUCGACCAAUCGUCGACUGCGCUUGCUCACGCGUUAGUCGUGGACCUUAUUGACGAUAUUAGUACAGGCGCUGAAAUUGCAACCGCUACCGACAAUAUGUUGGGCGUGUUCAAGAGCCACUUAUCCAUUCAGUCACCAUCGUUCAGCCAAGAUAUCUCAGCAGCCAUGACUAACUUCGCAAACUCCGCGGCCGAGAAAAAUGCCCUUCAGCUAGUGGUGACGUUCAGCAAAGCUAUUAACCGCAAGUUUGUCAGUCUCAGUGAGACAGCAACAGAAAGUGAUCAGUGUUCAAGUGUGACUUCUCUACGUGUGCUCAACCAGACACUUCUGGCAGCCGGGACACGCACGCGUGAACAACGAGUGUUUGGUCAAGUGGUUCGAAGGUUUGUGCUUUCGACACUAAACGCCACUGUGCUCACUUGGGCGCCGAAUGUAUUCCGAGCAAUUCUCACGCUGGUGACAACGCUGUGGAAUCAUUAUCGACGAUAUCUUAAGGUGGAAUUGGCGUUGAUGUUUGAGCAUGUUUUUCUUCGCAUUCUACGAGCCACCGCACCUUGUACGAAGGAUCACCAGCUGGAAAUCAUGCAUGAGAUGACCAAUUGGUUGCAACUCCCUCACAAUGUCGUGGAAAUAUUUCUCAACUUUGAUCUGGAUCGAAUUCAGCAGUGGAAGAUAUUUGAGCAUUUGUGCUCGACGUUAGGCUCAAUAGGAGAGGGUAACGUCAGUCACCUUGCGAAUGGUGACGAGGGGGACGACUCCGGUCUGGAGCUGCAAAACCAGGCGAUCAAUACCAUACUAGCGAUGGCUCGUAGCGUUAUGGACGCUAGUGGUCAUGCUCACCUUAUCAGUCGGGACCGCCGCACUCGAAUGCUGUCGAUGUAUACUGGAGGCUGGGAACAAGACGAAUCGGGCGAAGAAGUAUCUCCAAUGAAAGAUGCGUUCGGUAUGCUACCAAGUGGUGAUGUUGCAAGUCAACCAGGCUCUCCGGCGGAGCAGAAGCGUCAAGCAAAUCGCAAGUAUGGUGGCAAUAUCUCGGUUCGGAUGCGAAACGAGCUGCAAAAGCAUAACCAGCAACUAUUGAAGCGUGCGAUGGAGAUUUCAUCGUCAAAAAGCUUGAAAAAAGCUCUCGAAUACUUGGUGGCUAUGAAUUUCAUCAAGGACACACCACGAAGUAUCACCUCCUUCUUACGGAUAUACCACGACUUUUUCGAUGAGACAGAAAUCGGAGACUAUCUAGGAGAGGGAGACGAAGACUUUAAAGUUCAAGUUCGGCUAACAUACGUCCGAGCGAUCUCCUUUAAAGGGAUGACACUCGUCGAAUCUCUACGACAUUUUCUGACGAACGGAGGAUUUCGUCUUCCAGGAGAAGCACAAAAGAUCGAGCGCAUGGUUGAAGCUUUCGCGCAGUGUUAUUGGGACGACUCACGUACAGCAUUCUCCUCUGCUGAUACGGCAAUGAUCAUCGCAUAUUCGAUCAUUAUGCUGAACACAGAUUUGCACAACCCGCAGGUAAAGAAGAACAAAAUGUCAAAGGAGCAGUUCGUCAAGAACAACCGCGGUAUCGACAACGGGAACGACUUGCCCAAGCGUUUUCUAGAAGAGAUUUACGAUGAUAUUGCACACAACCCAAUGCAUAUCAAAGGUAGUCGUGUCAUCCCGAAAGCCUCUCGUGAAGCCAGUGUCUCUGCUGCUGAUCUGGAGAAUGAAAAGUUCCGUGGUGGUAUUGCCAAGGCUGUGGCUCAAUCCGAGGAACUGAUGAAGGAUCUCUCGCACACAUACAACACCUUCCAGUUUGUCGGUGUGGAUACGGCUAUCAGCCCAGAUUUGAUCAAAAUUCUGUUCGAGCGUGUGUGGUUUUCCCUGCUCACUCUAUCGACGACUAUUUUGUGUGACAGCCAGUCGGAUCUGUCUACUAGAAUGCAGUGUCUCGACUUACUGCGCUUUUGCAUCUCGACGUGCUUGUUCUUAAACAUGCCGGUGGAGCGUCAGGCAUUCUGCAGCUUACUAAGGAAGGUACAGGACUCGUUAGAUGGUACACCGCAAGAGAACAGCGAGGAAGAGCUGGCUGACAAAGCGACCAAAGCUAUCCCGCAAGACACAAAGUAUGAGUGGGCUCGAACCAUCGAAGCCGCUGCUGGUAGCGACGAUCCUUGGAAAGCCAUGGGUGACAUUCAUCUGCUCGUUAACGAUAUGAAGGAAACGAUUCAAGUCCGUCAGAAAUCGGAGAAGCUCGACUCGGUUAUUCAGCGCAUUCAUCGUGCUCAUUUUUACCUCAAGAACUCCACCACUUUCAUCCACGAGGGAGACCUAACGAAGAAGUGUCGGUCGCGUAACCAGCUCUACCGCUUCUUUCUCUUCAAUGACCAACUCUUGUAUGCUGACAAGAGCAUGACCGGGAAGUGGAGUCCACACAACUCUCUGCGUCUCAAGCUCACGCGUAUUUCAACCAUUGCCGACGGUGUUUUGUUGAAAAACGCUUUCCAGAUUCAAAACCCGGUCAAGUCCUUCGUCGUGUUCGCUGAUAGUGCGACCUCCAAGGCCGAGUGGAUGCGGCUCAUUGACGACGCCAUCGCUGAGGCUUCCAAGAAGAUGAACCGGACGGCACGCCGUAUCUCGACACAAGUUUUGAGUGACACUAGGCCUUCUCUCGUGACUUCGUCGGCGAUGAAAGUGUUCUUACGCUUCAGCUCACCCAUGCCAUCCCCGGUUGCACGAGAUCAUCGUCAAGCUAGUUUCGACAGCGACGGUGAAUCGCCGGUGAAGCCAGUGGAGGUUAAUGAAUCAUCGAGCACUCAAAACACAACUUCGGCAGUUGAAAACAAAAUUCUGAGCAACACCGACGUCCAAGAUCCUACCGCAGUGGCAACAGUGACAAGCGGAGAUAGUGCACAACCCAACUCGAAGGAAGACGAGCUAAAACGUGCAGCUAUCGACGACAAGGGUGUCGAUAUGCAUCCCGAAUCAGCUUCUCCAAAAUCUUCGGUAACCAGUAGCAAGGCAACGCUACAAUGAGAACUACAACUUGGUAUCAAGCUAGUGACGAGAUAGACCAAAAGUGCAACAAACUACGAUGAAUAUUAAUCACGAUAUACUUGAAAUUAAUUUCUCGGGUCAGUUGUCCAGUGGAUGCGGCUCGGACCUUAAC